CUGCUGCCCGCCGGACAUCACGUCACCUUCGUGGUCACCUUGGACGUGCCCCUUGAUGCUGAACUGGGACCAGUGCUGGAACUGGUGGCCAAGGCCAAUAGUGACUCUUCGGCACCAGAGCCCCCAGAGGAACGUGUCCAAGUCCCAGUGAAGAUUGGGGUUCACUUGAGCAUCAGCAGCUCCUCCUCCAACCCCCCAUCGGGCCCAUUGAUCCAUCACUACGAGGUGAAGCUAUGGGGCCAACGAGGCCUCCCCAUCAACGUCACCUUCCUGGUACCCACAGCAAUGGGGGGGAACCAGCUAUGGGGCAGCCUGGAGCUGACCCACAGCCAGGACCCCAGUCGGUGCCAGGCGGUCGCUGAGCAUCCCCCGAAGGACCCGGAUGGAACCAGGAGCCUGAGACAGCGACACCUGCUGGACUGUGCUGUGGCCUCGUGUCGGGAGUUCCGGUGCCAAAUGGGCCCCAUAGAACCCCCCCAAGUGCUUCGGUUUGGGGUCGGGGGGGAACCUGCUAUGGGAUGGAUGAAGGAGCUGGGGCUCCCCCAGGUUCUCCUGCAGAGCUCAGCCUGGAUCAGCUUCAAUGGGGACAGAUUCCAGAACAUGGGAGGGCAGCAGGAGGCUCAGCUCCAGACUGAGCUGGAUCCCUCGGAGCCCCCCAACCUCCUGCCCUAUAUCCUGGGGGGGUCACUGGGGGGGCUCCUGCUGCUGGCGCUGCUGGCGGGGGGGCUCUACAAGGUGAGCUAUGGGAUCGGCUUCUUCCGUCGCCGCUACAAGGAGUUAAUGGAGACCCCAAGUGGGGACCCCCAAUAG